UCCAGAUCAAGUUGCUGCUGCUGCCAAGUCUCGCGAGCUUUAAUUCAGAGGCAGUUUCUAUUAAUGUCAGGACUAUCCAAUUUACUGAACUAAAACAGCAGAUGUGCAGCACUCACUGAACUACUUAAGAUCCUUGCUGUUUAAAACUUUUUAACAUUGACACGGUUAACAGGGAUGUUCUACAAACUGACCUCUCUAAAGACAAUUUUCACUAUUUGCUUCACAGUAGUUUGUAUAUGUUGUGUGAACUGCAAUGGUGAGACAGAUAUUGUCGAUACCAAAUAUGGAAAAGUAACAGGGGUGCAGAUUUCCGUGUUCUCUGGGAUUAUCACAGCGUUUCUUGGAAUACCAUAUGCAGAGCCACCGAUUGGGGAUUUAAGAUUUAAAAAGCCUGUGCCACACAAACCAUGGUCAGAGAUAUGGAAUGCCUCACAAUAUGGAAACUCAUGCUAUCAAACCGUCGAUCAAAUAUUUCCUGGUUUUUCUGGAGCUGAAAUGUGGAAUCCAAACACUCAACUAAGCGAAGAUUGCCUCUACCUUAAUAUAUGGAUCCCAACUCCAAAGCCAAGAAAUGCUAGUGUUAUGGUUUGGAUUUAUGGGGGCUCUUUUGAAACAGGGACGUCAUCUCUUGAUUUGUAUGAUGGGAAGUUUCUGGCCAGAACUGAACGUGUUAUUGUAGUGUCAAUGAACUAUAGAUUAGGUGCACUAGGAUUUUUAGCUUUUCCAGGAAAUAAUGAAGCCCCAGGAAAUGUUGGUCUCUUUGACCAGAGAUUGGCUCUUCAGUGGGUUUACGAGAAUAUUGCAGCAUUUGGUGGGAAUCCCAAGAGUAUAACCAUUUUUGGAGAAAGUGCUGGGGGAGCCUCUGUCAGUUACCAUAUGCUUUCUCCAAAAAGUCAUGGAUUUUUCACAAGAGCUAUUAUGCAAAGUGCAACAGCUAAUGCUCCUUGGGCUGUUAUAACCAAAGCUGAAGCCAGCAAUAGAGCUUUGACAUUAGCCAAUCUUCUAAACUGUUUUUAUAGGAAUGAAACAGAAAUAAUUGCUUGCCUUCGAAAUAAGAGUCCUGAAGAAAUAUUUGAAAAAGCUGUUUCAGUUCUUCCACACAGAUCAGUCAUAGAAGUUAAUUUUCCUCCUACUGUUGAUGGAGAUUUUCUUAUAGAAAUGCCAGAAAUAUUAAUGCAACUUGGUCAAUUAAAAAAGAAAACACAAAUUUUAACUGGAGUUAAUAAAGAUGAGGGCUCAUAUUUCUUAGUAUAUGGACUACCCGGAUUUAGUAAAGAUCAUGAGAGCUUUAUAAACAGAACACAGUUUCACAAAAGUGUCAAAUUGGCAUUUCCAAAGGCAACAGAACUUGCAAUAGAUUCCGUCCUUUUUCAUUAUACAAACUGGGAAGAUGAACAGAAUCCAUCUCAUAAUCGGGAUGCCAUGGAUGAUAUUGUUGGAGAUUACAAUUUUAUAUGCCCAUUGUUGGAAUUCACAAAAUGGAAUUCUGAACUUGGUAACAACGCUUAUUUAUACUACUUCCAUCACAGAUCUUCAAAACUAACCUGGCCUGGGUGGAUGGGUGUUAUGCACGGUUAUGAAAUUGAAUUUGUAUUUGGAAUACCAAUGUACAGAAGACUUAAUUAUACCAAGGCAGAGGAAACUCUGAGCCGCACUUUAAUGAGAUACUGGGCAAAUUUUGCGAAAACAGGAAAUCCAAACGGGGCACAGUCUUCGGAAAACAGAUGGCCUGUCUUCACGCUCGAUGAGCAGCAUUACCUUAUGUUAGGCACAGAAGACUCAAAGACAAAUCGGAAAAUGCGUGCCAAACAGUGCAGAUUCUGGAACAAUUUCUAUCCCAAAGUCCUGCAAAUCACAGGAAAUAUUGAUGAAGUAGAACAACAGUGGAAAGCUGAAUUCCAUCGCUGGAACAAUUACAUGAUGGACUGGAAAAAUCAAUUUAAUGAUUAUAGCAGUAAGAAGGAAAGCUGCGGAGGUCUCUAAUUAAUAGCUUUACCCUUUAAAAAAAUUACCAUAUUAUGAUAAGUUGGUAUAAACAUGUUGGUAGUCAUUUAAGGUUUACCCAUGUCGCAUUAUAAAUGAAUUAAACAGAAAAUCCAAACCAAUAUUGAGGCCACAGGAUGAUUUGUGAGAAAUGUGCAUAGCAAGCUGGCAGCCUGGUUGCUGUUUUGGGACAGGACACUAAAGGGAUUUAUGAAGUGACAAUCAAAAGUAUAAUAUUGUAAAAGGUGCUGACAAUAAAAGUCAGCUGCCAGCACAGCACUGUCACAAGGCAAUAGAGAGGAGAGGGCUCCUUUGGAAAUCUUGCCUGUAGGAAUAUAUCUAUAGGCAGUGAUCAGUUUUGAAGUGAAGGAAAAGUCUACUGGCAGCAAUAUUUUUGAAAAGAAAGGAUAACAUGCUCAAAAUCAGACCUGUCUAUGUUUCAGUGUCCUUAUUUUAACAGAGAAACACAUUUCCUUAGUAUAUAUAUAUAUAUAUAUAUAUAUAUAUAUAUAUAUAUAUAUUUGAAAACCUAUUAACAUUCAGCAUCUGUACUGAAAAGACUGGAGGACAGUACCUCCAAAGUGCCCUGCUCGCUCGGUCAUUUUAUUGAUUGUCCAGCACUGCUAAGAUACUAGUCUAGAUUAGAAAAGGAAUAGUUGCUCCGUUUAGAUUUAAAAGUAACGAGGAUUAAGAAAAAUAGAAGCCUAUGACGGUCAACAGUCCUUUAUCUUUUUAAUAAAUAUAAUAUAUAUAUAUAUAUAUAUGUAGAAACAAUAUUUGUGUAGUGUGUAUAUACUAAUGCAUAUAUUGGGGCUUUACACAAGGGGGGGGGGCUAUGUCAGACAUCAGUUUCAUUGUAUUCAGUAACGUAUGAUUGUGUUUUUCACAUUGGUCCUCUAAUGCUAUGUGGGCAAAAUACAUGUUUAAAAAAGUUAUGGAAUUCUGUAAGUACAUACCAUUAUUACAGGCUUUGUUGCCCACUCAGGAACUAAAAAAAAAUGUAGUUGAUAUAAUUUUGUGCUUCUGUACUUCUGUGACUUAUACAGCAAUAUAAGAAAGUGACUUACAUUUCUACAUUCUUACUGCACUAACAUUCAAAGCUGAAUGCUAAUUGGCUAAUACAGGACCAGUGCGCUUCACAGUUAUUAUUGUGUUUGUUCAUCGGUGUAUUAUGUACCAAUACAAUAAAAUAUGUGGUUAUUUCUA